GAAAAAAUUAUGCUGAGAGUAAUACUUCUGAUUCUGAAUCUGAGUCUAAUUAUUCUUUAGAGUUAAAACUUUCUGAUCUCAAGGCUCAAGUUUUGACAUCUCAGCUUAAGAAUAAUAACUAUAAUUCUUUUAGAUCUUAG